AUGCACAUCGAGCGAUUCAAAAUCAGAGAGGUAGCUUCGCUAGUGGAUGGCAUCGAUGAGGGCUCUUUGGAAUUUUUAGUCAAUGCUCUUACCGAGCUGAUUUUGAAUGAGGACAUGGCGAAGAAGUUGAAGGGAGGCAUCCAUCUGCCGAUAAUCUUCGAUUUCGAACAAACAUCGUCCGAAGUGGUUUUCGAAAAAGAUCGCUUGCGCAUCUCGGCCGAUUACUGUUACGGUGACAUCUGUCGGACGGCUACGGUAGCCGAGAGUAAAGACACUAAUAUUGACUACUAUGACGUCAUACAAGGGUAA